UUAGUCCGCUGCUGGUGCCUCCUCCAACACAGCAUGAUCUGCAGUCACCUGCGACUCCGAUAGGCAAUCAAUAUUGUUUUUGUAAGGAUUAUAGCCAAAGGCAAAACGUCGCGGGGGAAGGCUGGAAUUAUGAAGCUCUGUCAUAAUGUCUAAGGCAAAUGUUAAGAAGCUGCACUGGCGUUCAAAAGUGCAGGAGAGCUUCGUCCCACUGGGCGGAGCCUCGGGAGAGCUUGGCGUGGCCAUUGGGGGUGGGGCCGAUUAUGGAGAGUUCCCAUUUGUCACAGCAGCACCUGGAGGUGGAGCCACAGUUGGUGACAUCAUCCUAGAGAUUGGGGGUACACCUGUCUUGGGAUUGACCUUGGGAGACGUCAGAGGGGUUCUGAACUCAUGUCCACAUCCCAUCCGGAUAAAAACAGUCUUACCAGGUUCAACACUCUGUAAGGAUUUAAGACUUUACUUGAGUAAGUGUUUCACUCCAGGAUCCAUGGACAGCCAACUCCAACAGGUCAUAAGAGAGAACCUCUACCUGCGCGCCGUGCCCUGUACGACCAGGCAACCACGGGAUGGAGAGAUCUCAGGGGUGGAUUACAACUUUGUAUCCAUUGAGGAAUUCUUCUCCCUGGAGGAGUCUGGAGCGCUUCUGGAAAGUGGGAAGUUCAAAGGAAACUAUUAUGGCACACCUCGGCCAGUACACAUCGGACCCGACAGCCCCCCCAUUACGUACCAGGAACACCGAAACCUCCUGAGGAACUUCCGUACCCGCAGCAAAUCGCUUAGCAACCUGGAGAAGGCCGUGGAGGAAGGCGACAAUAGUGAGGAAGACUCUGGUCUCUCAGCGGGGUCUGCAGGAGCCAGCAGUGCCCCUCCCACCACAAUUGUCUCCCCUAAUCAGACUUGGGACUCAGGCAGUGGGCGGGAUGGAGGGGUUGCCAUGGAGAACGGAGCACGUGGAGGGGCAUUGCCUGAAAACUGGGAGCUGGCGUUCAGUGGCACAGGCGAACCUUAUUAUAUCAACCAUAAUUCAAAGACCACAAGCUGGCUGGACCCAAGGACUCAGGGCAAAGAGAUUGUCAGCAAGACGGAGUUACCUGCAUUCACAGAUCAACCAUCUGAACUGAAGGGCUAUUCAAUACACACCCACCUGUCGAAAGGGCCUCGUGGCUUUGGCUUCAACAUUGUGGGUGGCAGCAGACCUCGAGAGUUUCUGCAGGUGUACAGUGUCACCCCUGGAGGCCCAUCUGCACUUAAAACAGCGGACAUUCUUGUGUACAUCAAUGACACAUGUGUGCUGGGUCUGUCUCAUAAAGUGGCGGUAGAGAUGCUGAAAUCCGUCCCUAUGGGACACAGUGUAGACGUCGUCCUCCGACGAGGUUACCCCAUGCUUUACAACCCUGACGGCUGCCCCAAAACCAGCCUCUCCUCCCCCUCUAACCCUAACAGUGCCAACCCUGCUGCCCCGGGUUCUGUACAGUCACAACCCCAACAUCCCAAUGGACACCAGCCUGGAAUGGUGAACCUCAACCGCUCCAUGUCCCACCAAAACAGUUUUUACCCCUGCAUACAGACCGAGUCGAUGGAUGCUAAUGACAACACAGCACCCCAACCUUCCUAUUCGAUGGCCAAUGGAAAUGGUGUGGGAGGGACUAUAGUAUUGGGGGUGGUGCCUUCUUCAAAUGCCCCUCCCUCAUCAAAGAAAAUGAGCUCCAGUCACAGCGAUACGGAGGUCAGCUCUGUUGUCACGCGCAGAACUUCCCUUGUCCGCAGCUACAACAACAACACACUUCCCGCUCCCUCUCAUGGCCACCACAGUUCGAAGUCUUCCGAGAGUGAUCUCUCUUCUACCACACUCCCUCUACCCCAGUCUGAGGUGGGUCCGUCCAGCCAGCCACCAGGGGCACCCAGCUCCCAGCGACCUCCCAUGCCCCAAACAUCUCUUGUCGUUGCACCCCCAACCGAGCUCCCACCCUGUGGUUUUAAUGGGUGUCCAGCCAACAACCCCCCACGACCUCAUCCGGGUGGACUAGGAUCCCCCGGUGCCCUGGGUGGGGUAGGUUGCGGGGGAGGGGGUGAGCUGAUACCUGUGGCCUUGGGCAGGAGCGAGGGAGGGGGUAUGGGUUUCAGUGUGACGGCUGGGGGGCAGGGAGGGCAGCUGGCAGUGGUAAAGAGAGUCUGGGACAGGCGGCAAUGCCCCUCUCUACAGCCAGGGGAUGCUAUUAUCAAGAUCAACGGGGCAGAUGUGCAGAACCUCAGCUUUGCACAGGUUCAGCGGGUGCUUCAAGAACACACCAAACAGGGUGAGGUGGUCUUACUGGUUUACAGAGGAGGCUCCCCAAAUGCCUAUAAGAGACCUCCUCCCUCCCUGGGCACCCCUGAUCUGACCUCUCCCUCAUCUGAUGGUGCUGUACCCAGCCAGAGCACGCUGUCUCCCUCCUCACCUUCUGGGGACCUCUCCAACCUGGUCCAAAGCACCAGCUUCCUGGACUCAGUGCCCGUGACUCUCACUCUAGAGCCCAGAGACUGGUUAGGGGUUGAUGAUGGAACGAGUCAGUGGGGCCGCACCGCAGCCUCUAGCCUUGGAGCAGUGUCCAAAAGCCAUGCAGACGGGAGGGGAGCAACCCCAUCCAGAGCGAUGGAGGUGGAGUUGAGACGGAGGCCAGGAGAAGGGUUCGGAUUUGUCAUCUCCUCCCAGGAUGUAGUGAAUGAAUCUUCAUCUCUAGUGUCUCACCGGUUUGUGACUGUUCGUCGGGGGAGUCCAGCAGCACGCAGUGGUCAGAUCCAGCCGGGGGACCAGUUGGAGGCGGUGGAGGGCAGAUCGGUAGUCGCUCUGCCUCACAGAGACCUUGCACAGAUACUGCGCAGAGCCGGCAACACACUCAGACUCACCAUUAUACCACGCUCCAACACUAACAACAAUCUGCCUGAGUACACCGACUUUGAUCCUGAGAGCCGGCCAAGAAAAGGGCAUAGGUCCAAGCAAAAGGACUCUCAGUAUUAUAGUGUUGAUUUAGAGAGAGGCCCAACAGGUUUUGGCUUUAGUUUGAGAGGUGGAAGUGAGUAUAACAUGGGUCUCUAUGUGCUUGGCCUGAUGGAGGGUGGACCAGCCUCACGCAGUCAGAAAAUACAGGUUAGUGAUCAACUUGUUGAGAUAAAUGGAGACAGCACAGCCGGGAUUACACACAGUCAGGCCGUGGAGCAGAUCCGCAAGGGAGGAAACAGGAUACAUCUCGUGCUGAAGAAAGGUGACGGAUACGUACCGGAUUAUGACCAUGAAGCUGGACUCGUCUCCCCCUCCUCCCUCUGCUCUGAGGAACCGAUUGUGGCUGCAGUAGAUCACCCUCCUCUAAAAAGCAGCAGAUGGGUGGAUGACAGUGGACAGGAGAGGAGAGAGAGGAGGGGGAAGGGAAAGAUGGAAUCUGGGGAAAGGAGCAGAAGAAGAGGAGCGGAGGAGGGCAGAGUCUGGUCUGAAAUCGAGCGAGAGAAUGUUAGCCCGAUGGGUAGCUCUCGAUUGACUAGACGGAGGCAAGAGCAACAAAUGCAAUCACGGAGUUUACCCAGCACGCUGAGGAGCCGAAAGGAAGGGCAUAAAAAAGAGGACGAGGAAAUUAAUGGAGAGGGAGUAAGACAAAAAGCAAGGGGGAAAAGCAAGAGCAUGGGGGAAAGACGACAAAAAGUGAAAGAUUUCAGCUCUGAGAGAGAGACUGGUUACCGAGCAGAGGAAAAGAGAGAUGACAACAGGAACAGCACACCAGAGGCCAAACAGCAGGCACCCUUCUCCUUCAUCAUGCCUUUGGACAAUGACGAUAACGGGUCAGAUGCAGAAUCGGCUCGCAGCUUCUCUGAAGUCAGUGUGUCGGCAGCCAGCAUCUCAUUCACGGGCACUCAAUGGCCCCUGGAGCACAUCAGCCCUGAACAGGCCCCUGGAUCUUCAACUGCAGCCCCGGGACCUUGGCUAGUCCCCAGCCCUCACAAACUCUCUCAGGUUUUAGAGGGGAAAAGGCUGAGCCAGAAUAAGGGAGGACUGUGGUCCUAAUGAUAUUUCUCUUAAAUGAAUAGUUCACCCAAAAAUUUAAAUUCUGUCAUCAUUUACUCACAUUCUUAAUCCGUUCGGACUAUAAGACUAUAUUUUCUCAUCGAACAAAAAAAGAACAUGCUAGAAAGAAAGUUAGACUCCAGUGUCAGAAAAGUGCUAUAUAAAUGUUACG